CUUUGUGAUAUGUUUUAUUUACUUCCUCCUCACCCUUAAACUUUGAGAAAAGAUACCCGAGCUAUGGAGGUUCCAGGAAAUAAACUGCAGGCAGGGCCAUCUGCAGAGGACACAACCUACUGCCAGCCUUGUGAACAAGAUGACGAAAUCCUCCCUGCUGAGGUUUACUGUACCGUCUGCAAAGAGUUCCUCUGCUCUAGUUGCGCAAGUGUUCAUAGGAAACUCAAAAUGUCUAGAUCGCAUUUCCUUCUUGACAAAUCAAAUAUGCCUACAUCUAUUGUGGGACAUAAAGAUGAAUAUGAAUGCACAGAACCUUGUGAUAUCCAUCCGAAAGAGUCUAUCAAAUACUUUUGCAGCACCCAUCAGACCCUCAUUUGUGGACACUGUGCAGUACAAAACCAUCGAUCGUGUCAUGCUGAUGUCAUAUCAGAUAUAUCCAAAGCCUUCAAAGAUGGAAAAGAGUAUGGGGAUGUUAUGAAAACAACUGCCAGGUUAUUUGAAGACAUAAAUUUAUUCGCGUCUGAUGUGGAGAAAAACGUUGACGUUGUAGCAAAGUUAUGUGAAAAUGAAGUUGACAAGCUGAGAAGAUACCGAGAGGAAGUUAACAAGUAUUUUGAAGAAAGAGAACAGGCACUGUUAAAGCUUAUAGAGAAGAUGAAAAACAUGGACGAAGAACUACUAGGGUCUCUGAAACCGAAAUAUACAAACCUGAAGUCCAAGCUGGAAGAAAUAAAUGUCACACUCGAAGCACAAGGAAAUAACAUGAUACAGUUGUUCAUUGAGACCAAAAGGGUCAAGAAACUCUUAGAGGGCCUUCAGAAUGAGCUUGAUAACAUUAAGAAGGAAAACGUAAUUCACCACUACGAAUUCAGAAAGGAUCCAGCCACAGAGCGUCUUAUUGCAUCUGAAACUGGCAUGGGGACAUUAGAAAUCAUUAUGACUGAAAACACAACCACGUCAGAGAGCGACCAUGGCACAUUAGGACUUACAGUUCAGGGAGAUGGCCAAAUGAAAACAAUUGUAGCUGCCGAACAUACAGUGAGCCAGGCCACUGACCUGACUGUGUUGAGGUUUACACCAGCUAUGGACAUAUCAAUGAAGUCUCCAACUGACAACACGGACUGCCACGUGUCUAGUAUGCUCCAACUUGCCGGAUCGAGACUGCUGCUAGCUGACUUUAACAACAACAAAAUCAAGGUGGUGAACUUGCAGACCAACAGCUUGGUCUUCCAGAUCAGUGUACCGGGUCAGCCAUGGGACAUAUGUCUUCUUCCCGAGGAUAGGGUGGCUGUUACAAUAGCCAAUAAUCGUAUACAGUUCCUGGAGACUCGUGGAAAACUCGCUUUUGGUGAUCAUAUUAAAGUGAAUGGUGACUGUCGGGGUAUUGCUUACCAUGAAGAUAGCUUGAUAGUGUCCUUCUUUGAUGGAAAGGUAGCGGUACUGAAUAUGAAUGGGCAUGUUAUAAGACAAACACAUAGUGAUGGCAGUGGAAAGGAACUAUUUAAAUGGCCUAACUACUUAACAGUUGUGUGUGAAGGUUCAACUGCUUUCAUUUACGUAUCAGACUGGUUUGGGAACACAAUCACAAAGCUUGACACGAACCUUAACAUCCUCAAGACGUUCCAGGACCCUGCAUUGGAAGGACCAAACAGUAUCACGGCAGUCGGAAACCAGUUGUUAAUCUGUGGGUUCGAAAGUAAAAACAUUAUGGUACUGGACUUUUCGACUGGUCAGAUGACACAAAUAAUGGGGAAGAAAGAGGGAAUACAACAUCUACUGUGUUUCUACUACUGUCCGCAGCAGAGCAAGCUUCUUGUUACAGAACAAUAUAACAAUUCAGUAAAGGCGUUUAAUACAAUAGAGUAAUGUCAACACAUGGAGUGAAAUGGAUGGAAAUAAAGUUCACUAACUGUUCGACAUUCGAUGGUUGCAUUUAAAUGGAAAUGAUCGGUGAACCACUUUGAUAAAAAAACCCUCAUAAAUAACUUAUUUUAAUCAUUAGUACACUUAAUUUAUUUGGAAUAUUUUAAUCAAUUACGUGUAAAUAUGUUUUUAUUGUCGCAUUUUCUUGCAUUUUUAUUGUUUAUGAAUAUAUAUUAUUCCGAUCGUAAUAUUUCUUAUGUACAAAUCCAAAUAUAUUUGAAAAACAAUCAAAUGUUUACUUCCAGAAAGAAAUUUAACUUCAUAUGUAGUGUACAGUUUUCUGUUGAACUGCAAUUACCUAUCUGAAAUGAUAAGUAUCAGUACAUGUUUAAUAAAUCAAUAUUGAGUUUCA